UGUGGUCAUUCAUACAAAACUUAUCAGUUCUCUUUCAUUGCCUCUACAACCUUUGUCUAUUUGCAUAUAGUUCAAAAUUUAUGACCAAAAAUGGUGGAUUCAAGACCAAAGCCUCAUGCAAUAUUAGUAUGUUAUCCACUACAAGGCCAUGUUAUUCCCACAAUCAAUCUAACCAUCAAACUUGCACAAAAAGGCUUCACUAUUACUUUCAUCAACACUCAAUCUACACACGAUCAGAUCACUCAAAAGAAUAGUCAGGACGAUAUAUUUUCUAGCUAUCGAGGUCUCGGGCUAGAUAUACGUUACGUGACAGUACCUGAUGGACUUCCAUUAAAUUUCGACCGGUCAUUGAACCAUAACCAAUUCAUGGCUGCUUUGUUACAUGUGUUCUCAGCUCAUGUAGAGGAAGCUUUACUGAAAAUUAUGGAGUCGAAAAUCGAUCCUCCUGUGAAUUGCUUGAUUGCUGAUUCUUUCUUUGUGUUUCCAGGAAAAUUGGCCAAGAAAUAUGGACUUUUGUACAUAUCUUUUUGGACAGAGCCAGCUUUGGUUUUUACCCUUUAUUAUCAUCUUCAUCUUUUGAAGUUAAAUGGCCACUUUGGUUGUACUGGCAAACGUGAGGACGUGAUUGACUACAUACCAGGAGUACAAUCAAUCAAACCAAAGGACCUAAUGUCAUAUCUUCAAGAAACAGACACAACCUCAAUAUGUCAUCAAAUCAUUUUCAAUGCAUUUGAAGAUGUAAGAAGUGCUGACUUUAUUUUAUGUAACACUAUCCAAGAGCUCGAACCCGAGACGAUAUCAGCUCUACAAGUCGAAAAAACAUUUUUCGCGAUAGGUCCCGUUUUUCCAUCCGAGUUCAACAAGAGUGACAUGGCUACGAGCAUGUGGUCCGAGUUUGACUGCACACAUUGGCUUGACCUACAACAACAUGCAACUGUCUUGUACGUGUCAUUUGGUAGCUAUGCCCAUCUUACCAAAAAUAAUCUUCUUGAAAUAGCUUAUGGUUUAUUAUCAAGUAAAGUUAGUUUUAUUUGGGUGCUCCGACCCGAUAUUGUCAGCUCCGAUGACCCGAACCCAUUACCAGAUGACUUCCAGGGUGAAACUCAUGGUCGUGGUUUGAUCAUACCUUGGUGUUGUCAGAAACAAGUGUUGACUCACACUGCCAUCGGAGGAUUCUUGACUCAUUGUGGUUGGAACUCGAUUUUGGAAGCUAUUUGGUGUCAAGUUCCGUUGCUUUGUUUCCCUUUGCUCACUGAUCAAUUCACUAAUCGAAAAUUAGUGGUUGAUGAUUGGAACAUUGGACUUAAUUUGUGCGAUAAAAAUCCAAUAACUAAGGACGAAGUAUUGGAGAAAAUACACCAAUUAAUGUAUGGAAAAUCAAGUGAUGAAUUUAGAAAUUCUAUCAAGAAAGUGAAGAAGACGUUAGAGAAUGCAUUGGGAGAUGGAGGAUCAUCAGAGAGAAACUUGGAUAAUUUCAUACGAAGAGUAUGUAAGUAAUAAGUUUGAAUUUCUAGAAAUUAAACUACAAGGUGUAUUUAUUUGUUGUACUAGGCGAGAAUCGUCCGUGCCAGCACGGGCCCAAUAUUUGCUGGUUUUAUGAGAAUAUAAUUGAA